CCUGAUUCCUCAGCCAGCAAAGAUUUGACUCCGAGUUGGUGAACAGGAUUUUCCAUGUCGGACUCGUGACAAAAGCUCUCCGCCAUGGACGUUCUGCCGAUUGUAAAACACUUGCGCGAUCUCUCAGCCGACCCAGCCAAUAGGGCAACGAUUGUAAAGGAUCAGAGUUGCAUUCAGAGUUUGGUGCUGUUCUUGGACAAUCAGAAUGCUGACGUUGUCAAAACGUCCUUGGAGGCUUUGAAGAAUCUAGCGCAGUAUCCAGGAAACAGAGUGUCAAUGCGAUCUGAACUGGGUAUGCUGCAAAGCUUGAGGAUCCUGGUUGACAAACCUGAAGUGUCGGAAUGCAGCACUCUAGCCGAGAACGUCUAUCAGUUACUACUGCCCGCAACAACCACGCGUGCUCCGGUCACCGCUCCGCCAAUGGGCUCCUUCUUCAAGAUGGGCUCUGUCAAGAAUGCCCGGACAAUCACACUGCAGAUCUACGGCCUGACAGAACCAGGCUGCCGCAAAGUGCUCGAAGAGGAGCUUCUCCGCGUCUCUGGAGUAGUCAGCUUCACGUUUGACCUCGCUCGUUACCGAUGCAUUGUGCGCUGCAAGGCUGAGCUCAAACCCGCAUUGCUUUGUGACGCUGUAGCGAAUACCGGCUUCUUGACGGCCAAACAAGUUGUGAAGACAGAGAGCGGCGAAGAGACCUUCAUCGAGUUCAAUGCCACCCCUGCCAAGGCUACACCUGAUAGAAAAGAAAAUGCGCUUCCUGACUACUUGCCAGAGGCGGAUGAUGCAGAGUAUCCUGAACAUUCCAAUAAGGCUGUGCAAAGAACCGGCCAGGGUUCCGAGCAGGGCAGCUGGUUCGGCAGUGUGGGUACGUUCAUUUCAAAGAACCUCUACUGGUAACGCUCCCCUUUUUCCUAUGUAUCUGGUGGUAUCUAUUUGAUGUUACUUUCAGCCAACAGCUUUGACAAUUCUAGAUGAUCAUAUCCACCCGCCGCGACCUUUCACUGUACAUAGACUAUUCCCUGAUAAUUAUUCCUGAUUCUUUUUUCAACACUUUGCCUUCGGUUGACUCUGUUCUUCCUUCCUUGUUUCAUGUCUGUCCACCUCUAACCGUCCCUCAAAAUUCCUUUCUCUUUUGUUAACCUAAUUGGUAAUCACAACAGGUCACCAUGGUCACCAUACUGGUAUGCCCGUUUGUUAGUUCAUUCUUUGAUGCUGCUGCUGCUGCUGCUGUUCCCUACAUUACACCCACUGUACAUACAAUCCCUCAUCUCCUCUUAGUAAGCUUGAGUUUUUAUCUCCUCGCAUUUUCUCUAGGUGUAAGUUUCUUCUUUUUUUGCUACAUGUACAUGUAAAUCUACACUCAGAAGAGUUCUUCCCUUGCCUCUUGUCCAAGAUCGGGGAGCAUUCUCUCGGUAUUCCCUGGGACAUGGGUGUAAAGCCGUGUGAUUGUAUGUGUUGUGUGUUUAUUAACAACAAUACGUGAUUUAAUUAAUCCACUCCUA